UGACGACAAACGACAAUGCGUGUUGUUGUGAUAACAAUUUAUAUUUGAUCACGAAUUAUUUAUAUUAAAUAAUCUUAAGUUUUGCGAAAAUGUGGAGACAAAGUCUUAAUUACUUUUAAGUUGGAAUGGAAUACAAGUACAGUUUUAAUUUAUUAUUUUUGUUUUUCUAGUAAUUUUACCAGAGGUAGCCAUAGUAAUGGAUAAAUGUAAGGUUGCGUUUAUUAUAGUAGUGUUAUAUUUUAUUGUAUCAAUUGAGACUUCGGGUGUUACUGUUUAUCCCGGAGAUACAUUACCUCAUCAUGGUCGUUGUGAGCCCAUUACUAUUCAGUUUUGUUCACAAAUACGAUAUAAUCAAACGAUAUUUCCCAAUUUACUGAAUCAUGCUAAACAAGAAGAUGCGGCUCCAGAAGUCCACCAGUUCACUCCUUUGGUAAAAGUUAACUGUUCACCAGAUCUACAAUUCUUUUUGUGUUCAGUGUACGCCCCCGUGUGUACAAUAUUAGACAGAGUCUUGCCUCCUUGUCGACAUUUAUGUGAAUCAGCCAAACAAAAUUGUGAUGAGAUUAUGACAACAUUUGGACUUCACUGGCCCAAGCAUUUGGAGUGCACCGAAUUCCCUGUGGCUUCUGAAGGCGUGAUAUGUGUUGGUGAUAACAAUAUAACUCAUGAGUCUAGAAAACACAAGGAAACCAGACUUCCUAAAGUGAAUUUCAAAAAUAGUCAUGAAAAAGAUCCAACCAAACUACGUGGAGCAAAAGACUAUGGAUUUGUGUGUCCUGUUCAAUUUAAAGUCCCUAAGAACUUAGAUUUGGAAUAUUCAUUGAAGGUUGGUGAUAAAACAGAAUAUGACUGUGGGGCACCUUGCACUGGAAUGUUUUUCAGUGAAGAUGAGAAAAAGUUUGCACGAUUAUGGAUUGGUAUAUGGGCCACAUUAUGUACUGUAAGCUGUCUGUUCACUGUUUUGACUUUUCUAAUAGACACAGAUAGAUUUAGAUAUCCAGAAAGACCUAUUAUUUUCCUAUCUGUAUGUUACCUCAUGGUGGCUGCAGCAUAUGUUAUGGGUUGGAGUGCAGGUGACAGCAUUAGCUGUCAAGGACCAUUCCCAACAACAAUAAGUGGUGCAAGACUACCAAAUACAUCUGUUAUUACACAGGGAACAAAGCAUGAACCUUGUACUAUACUCUUCAUGGUGGUAUAUUUCUUUAGUAUGGCUUCAAGUAUUUGGUGGGUGAUCUUGACAUUGACAUGGUUUCUGGCAGCUGGACUUAAGUGGGGCCAUGAAGCAAUUGAAGCAAAUUCUCAGUACUUCCAUUUAGCAGCAUGGGCUGUACCUGCUAUCAAAACAAUAUCAAUUUUGGCCAUGGGAAAAGUAGAUGGUGAUGUUCUCUCUGGUGUAUGCUAUGUUGGACUUUGGGAUGCCGAAGCACUGCGCGGAUUUGUUUUGUCACCGCUCUGCGUGUAUCUGGUUCUUGGGACUAUCUUCCUGCUAGCAGGCUUUGUUUCAUUAUUCCGAAUUAGAACUGUAAUGAAACAUGAUGGAACAAAAACAGAUAAACUUGAGAAACUAAUGAUUCGUAUUGGCGUUUUUGGUGUUUUAUACACAGUACCAGCUUUAAUAGUGAUUGCUUGUCUUUUCUAUGAACAAGCUAAUUUCGAUGAUUGGAUGGGAACUUGGCACCGUGACAUGUGUUCUAUACCUUUGUAUUCUAUUCCAUGCCCUUUUACACGUAAAGAAACUGACCGACCGAAAUUUGAAAUGUUUAUGAUAAAGUACUUAAUGACGAUGAUAGUAGGAAUAACUUCCAGUUUUUGGAUUUGGUCUGGGAAAACAUUAGUCUCAUGGCGCCAAUUUUUCGAUAAAAUUAAGGGACGAAGGGUGGAAGCUUAUGUGUGACUUGCUUUGAGAAUGGAUCUAAUUUGAAUCUUAUACAUAUUUUAGAAAAUUGUUUCCCGCCGUUAAUGAGGCAGCUAAAUCGAAUAAGGCAGCUAUAUACUUUUAUCAUGAGAUUAUUUUUGAAUAUUAUUGAAUCUCAAAAUAAGGCUGAAAUUGUAAAUAGUUUUCUUUUUUCAUUAUUGUGUCCUAAUUGUAAGAUUUUUUUACUUUUUUGUAAUUAUUUUUAAGAAUAAUUUUAAAAUAAAAUAAUUGUAUUUUUAA